AUGGAAAAUGUUCGAGCAUAUGGUGCUGGUAUGGCUGGUGGACAAUUUCAACCGGACGUUUUCCUGAGAAAACCGGCUGUUAUCUUGCGAAUCUUUGCUUUGAUAGUUGGACUUGCACAGUGGAUCGCCGUAUCACGUGGUGGUUGGUAUACACCAGAAGAUGGUAAAGAACAAAUUUGCCUUUAUGCGAACAGUUCGUCGACCUGCUCCUUCGGUUCAGCGAUGGGUUUUUUUGCUGUCUUGAGUUCAUUGGGUCUGCUGUUUCUAGACGCUAAAUUUGAAAAAAUUAGUUCUGUUCCAACCAGAAAACGGAUUGUAACUACUGAUAUGAUUCUUUCUGCAUUGCUGGCCUUCUUGUUUCUCAUAACGUUUUUUUCGUUAUGGUCAAAGUAUGGUGAGGUGGAUAUAAGUCAGCCGUAUGACGGUGGUAUGGCCAAAAGUGCCAUAUUAUUUGCGCUUCUGUCAUUCGUUAUUUGGGGUGCCGCUGCGUUUUUGGCAUGGCGACGGUACGAGGAGGGUGCAAUAACAAAUUUCGUACCAUCCUAUGAACAGGAUUUCGCAACUGGCAUACAAACUGGACCAGAUUACAGCUAUGGAGGAGAAAGCGAUAUCGGCGCUGCUGGACAGAGUGACAGAAGCACAUAUCAAAAUGCUCCAUUCACAGCAAUCAAUACAGCAGAAUCUCCGGUAGAUAUUACAAAAAGUUAUCAGGGAUAUUAG